CCGCGACUUUCCUCUUUCCGGUCUUUACCUCACGGCCAUUUGUACGCGCUGGUUGUACGCGCCGGAGAGCGGAAAGAAAUCCAGGAACAUCUUGGACACGAGACUUCAAAAUUUAAUUGAAAAUGACUGAGACACUGCAGCUAAGAGGGACGUUGCGCGGGCACAAUGGAUGGGUCACGCAAAUAGCGACGAAUCCUAAAUAUCCGGACAUGAUCUUGUCCUCUUCACGUGAUGAAACACUGAUCGUGUGGAAAUUGACUCGCGAUGAUUUAAACUACGGAGUACCUCAAAAGCGGUUGUAUGGUCAUUCGCACUUUAUCAGUGAUGUAGUGCUUUCAUCGGAUGGCAAUUAUGCACUUUCUGGCUCCUGGGACAAAACAUUAAGGCUUUGGGACUUGGCAGCUGGUCGGAGCACUAGAAGGUUUGAAGGCCAUACACAGGAUGUUCUUAGUGUUGCCUUUUCCGUCGAUAAUCGUCAGAUUGUCUCUGGUUCAAGAGACAAAACGAUAAAAUUAUGGAAUACAUUGGCAGAAUGUAAAUAUACCAUUCAAGAAGACGGACAUUCCGACUGGGUUAGCUGCGUGAGAUUUUCUCCUAACCAUUCCAACCCAAUUAUCGUGUCUGCUGGUUGGGACAGAAUUGUUAAAGUGUGGAAUUUAACCAACUGUCGGUUAAAGAUUAAUCAUUAUGGACAUACUGGUUACCUCAACACAGUGACCGUUUCACCGGAUGGUUCCCUUUGUGCUUCUGGAGGCAAGGAUAAUAAAGCUAUGUUAUGGGACUUAAACGAUGGAAAGCACUUGCACACGCUUGAUCACAACGACAUCAUUACAGCAUUGUGCUUUAGCCCCAACCGUUACUGGUUGUGUGCUGCUUACGGACCUUGGAUUAAGAUCUGGGAUCUUGAGGGCAAAGAAAUGGUUGAAGAGCUGAAACCCGAAGUUGUAUCGGCAACGAGCAAAGCUGAGCCUCCUCAGUGUUUGUCUCUUGCAUGGUCUACGGACGGACAAACAUUGUUCGCUGGAUACUCGGAUAAUACGAUUAGAGUAUGGCAAGUCUCCAUCUCAAGUCGUUAAUUUGUAUAAAAAAUGAAAAAUAAAUAAAUAGACUGAACAUA